AUGAUUGCAUUGCAGGUACCUCUGGAACAGAACGCGGAGCCCGGCUGGCUGGCGGGCGAGCUGCGAGGUGCCACAGGGUGGUUCCCCGAGUCCUACGUGGAGCUGAUUGACACGGCGACAGCCGACGGGCAGAUGACGGCCGCUGAGACUGAGGCUAUGCAGAAACGACAUCUAGAGGGCAUAGCUGAGGUGCCAGAGAACAUAUCGGACAACGGAUCAGCAGUGCUUGAGGUGGCCGCCUCGAGCGGAGGGGACGCUGGGGGGGCGCAAGGGCCGGCGGUGGGGGAAAUGCCCUCGCUGGUGCUCGGACUGGGCACGGCCGUAGAACUCACUGUGGUCGCCCUCUACAACUUUGCUCCCUCCGAUCCCCGGCAGCUGGCUUUCGCCAAGGGCGAUCAGUUCGAGGUUACUGAGAAUCAGGAUAAAUGGUGGUAUGGUUCUGUGAAUGGCGCGGAAGGCUGGUUCCCGAAGAACUACGUUAAGCUGGCCACUGAGCCAGUUGCAGCUGUCCAGGCAACAAUACCUGCUGCCUCUGACGGUGCCAUUCCUGAAGACCAACAAGAAUACUACGUGUCGCUGUACCCGUAUCAGUCGGAGGAGGCCGGCGACUUGAGCUUCAAACAGGGCGAGGUGAUGGUUGUGGUGAAGAUGGAGGGGAUUGGUGGCGGAGUCAUCGGAGACCGCACCGGAAUAUUCCCCUCCAACUAUUGUUCAGAAGGCCGACCAACAGGUGCAGCAG